AUGAAUCCCCGCCAUCGCCCUAAGCAGAGCCCACUCGGCCUAUCCACGUUGCUACUGCUCCUUCAGUCCGCCGCUGCGAUUCCAUACACGCCAACCUCACUUUUUCUGGCACCUCAAUACAAUGAUACACUUGCGUAUCUUCUCCAGCCCAGCUCGACGGGCAAGACCGAAUUUCUAUCGCUGAACAUAUCCACCAGUGUCGAUGCAAGCAACCCCGCCUUUCAUACCCUGCUACCGGAGACACCGUUCCAAAGCUCUGAAGAGGCCUCCACGUUGAUUCCCGUCAUUGAUGACCACGGCGCGAUCUCUGUCUACACUGGCAAUUGCCACCAUGCAUCCAACCAGCAUACAUUGUGGCGCUUCCAUUCCGAGAACACCAGCUCAACAGGCAAUGGGUCAUGGUCGCAACUUUCAGUGAGCCUAGAAGAGGAGACCGCAAGGCCGUACCUUCUGUCUGCCGGGUUUACAUUUGCAUCAAGCAACAAAACUGAAAGCCCGGUGUACACCUUCGGAGGAAUGUGUCCAUUCGCGAACGCGACUGAUCAAACCUGGGUCUCUGCUGCGAAUUACUCCCAAUCGAUGGUUGUUUUAGACCCUUCCGCCACGGACACCUCCAGAUACCUGGCCACUACGACAGGGCAUCGCGCACCUCCUGUUCCCGAGGCCGGGAUGGCCAUUGUCCCUCUCCCGGCUACUUCGUCUCUGGCCUCGACAGAAAAGCAGCAAGACUUCUUGUUCAUUGGCGGGCAUACUCGACAAGCCUUCCUCAACAUGUCCCAGCUUGCGAUAUUUUCCGUACCCCAAGAAAGCUGGAGCUUCGUGAAUGUGAACUCUCAAGCGAGGACCAAGACGGAGCUGGCCCGGAGUCAGACCCUUAUAGAGCCACGAUCGGGCCAUACUGCUGUUCUCUCGGGUGAUGGAAAGACAGUGCUGGGUCGGGAUACAUCCACCCCGGCUGACCCCCAAUUUGUCGUCUUGGAGGUCGGAGAGGAAUAUGGUGGUGUGAGCGACUGGGCUUGGUCAAUCCCGUCAUCUUCCUCCAACGCUGGCAUUGCGGAGGGAACGGGACUCUUUGGUCACUCAGCAGUCAUGCUCUCUGGGGAUGUACUGAUGGUUGCUGGUGGAUACAUCAUUCCAAAGCAAACCUCGAAGAGGUCUACUACCUCUUCUCAGCGCAACUCUCAGGUCUAUCUUUUCAACACGACAUCGAGUAGCUGGGUGAAAUCAUACACCAAUCCUUUAGCCUUACCCAGCUCCAAUCUUAUGCACAAGUCUCACGGCAGUGGACUUACAACAGGCCAGAAAACUGGACUGGGGGUUGGCUUGGGUCUUGGACUACCUCUCCUCAUUGCAAUUGGGAUAUACGCUUGGAAGCGCGAUAAAAAGCGCCGGCUCAAAGGUCAGCGGGACUCGCAGCUCCGAGAAUUGGCUUUGGGUGCCGAGCGAGCUCAUUUCUGGGGGCGUGAUGACCCGUUCCAAGCAAGCAGUAUUCGCAGCUCACAAAUUAAUGAGAAGCAACCAUUGGAUCCUGCCUAUCCGUGGUCUGGAAAUCAUAGUACCACUACGCGGGGUUCCUGGAGUGAACAGGGUGAGGGUGCCGCUGAGAGGUCAGGGCUGCUGGGGGAUACGAGUCCGACCAAGAACAGUCGACCGUUUGCUCAGCAACGGCCUCAGAGACAGUCCGGACUGACAGAAUUUCGCCGGAGUGACACUACGAGUGAUAUCCAUCCUAUUGACGAGCGUGAGGAGGAUGAGGCAAUUUUCCGGGAACGCCUUAUGGCAACUAUACCUCCUGGAGAUAAGACUGUAGUCGAAGCUGAGGAUCCGUUCGCAGAUCUGGAGACUCCAUUUGCGACUCCCCGGAGUACGAUCUUUGGCGUUGGCCUAGGCCCAUUCUACAGUCGCCGGAAAGACUUUGGAGACCCAGGACGAGUCUCUCCGACAAAGAGUGAUGACCGAACAUCCAGUAACUUGUCAGAUGCUUCAUCCAUUUCAUUCUCAUCAGAUAGCAAGCCCCUGAGCCAGGUAACAAAAGCGCGAGGGGUUGUCAUCGACCGACCUUUGAGCUGGGCCAGCAGCGGUGGUCAGUCUUUCGACCAAUUAGACCCAGGUCAUAGUCGCGAGACAACGCACAGCGACAUCGACGGCGUGGCCGCACCGUCCGAAAAGUCCUUCUCAACAGACUCCUACUCAACUGCCCACACCACCUUCUCCCAACACCGUGCAGAGAAUGAGUCUCUCCUUUACGAUACAGACCUCGUGACUCCCGGCGAAUCCUCAACACCUUCAAAGCUCCCACCUUACUCAAAACCUCGACCAUCAGAAGGCAUCUUCUCAAGCGUCCGCCGCGCCCUGACACUGACCCGCCGCCCUACAAGCAACGAAGCCGAAUUCGAAGCCGCCCCUCUGGCAUCGGGCAUUGAUCGUCGCAGCACCGUCAUGAUACCGGGCGCCUUCCCCAAUGCCAGCGGUGUCAGCACGCCCCGGCGAGCCGUCAGCGCCUCUGCUGAACUCUUCCGACGCAAACAAGGUGCAAAAGACUGGAUUGCCAAAAAACGAAUGUCAGACGGAGUUUUCCAAACCCCAAAAUCCACCCGCGACGACCUCUUCCUAAACGCCCCAGGCUGGCUCGGCGACGACGACACCUGCGACGAAACCUGGGACGAAGAUCAUCGCGUGCAGACAACCUACGCCGCACCCCGGGAGCGCCUACGAGUUGUCAAUGCCACAGACAUGGACAAUGUUUCUGAACGCAGUCUCAGUCGCUCUCUCAGCAAUGCGCCUAGUACUCGUCGAGUGAGUAACUAA